AUGGGAGCAAAGGAAAAAGUUGUGGAAGGUAACUCCCAUGAGGAUCAGCUCUUCAACCUGCCCUGUGAAUGCAUACAGCUGUUCUUCCCCACCCGAAAAUGCUUCAUCAACCGCUCCACCAAUCGAAAGAACCUCCACCAGCUGGAGGACAUGGAGGAAAGGGGGCUGGACCCCAACUUCGUGGAGCAAGGGCUCCAGUUCUGCCAUCACGUCUAUAAGACAUCCAAGCCAAAGACCAUCCCAAGAGGGCACGUCGUCACUGGGCGCUUACUAGCAAACUUGGUGGAGACCUACGUGGACAUGAUCCGCAGUGGGGGAGUGCCCUGCAUGGAGAAUGCAGUGCUGGCUCUGACUCAGAUUGAGAAUUCAGGCACCGUGCUGGAAGCCACUGACCGCUACAUGGAGUUGAUGGACCAGAAGCUGGAGCUGCCCACGGAAACCCUCCAGGAGCUUUUGGGGAUCCAUGCAAAAUGUGAGGAGGGGGCCCUUCAGGACUUCAUGACCUGUGCCUUCAAGGAUGACAAACAGCAGUUCCAGGCUGAGCUGAUGCGAGCCCUGGAUCAGAAGGAGGAGGCGUACUGCCGUAAGAACGAACUGGAAUCCUCCAAACGCUGCAAGGCGCUAUUGAUGCAGCUCUCAAAGUAA